AUGAAUAUCUCCCCCGAGAAGCAGGAUCAUCCAUUAUUCAACAGCCAACGUGUUCCUCGUGUCCUAGAGAAAAUCGAAGACACCCAAGAAAUGGAUGAUCUUAUGUGGGGCCUCAGCUUGGAUCCAAUAUCCUUGAAAAAGAUUCACCACUAUGAGAGCCACUUGUUUGAUAAUUGGCUCACUAAGAACAAGAUCCGCUGCCCUCGCUGUUUAGUUCUCAAGAAAGACUUUGGGAGAGUCAGAAAACGGACCUUUCAAGAGCUGAAAUGGCUGGAAAGAGUAUCAAAGCCUACGGCAAAGGGUCCUCAGGUUGUCAUUGUGGCCGAAGAUGAGGAUGGCAAGGGCCCGGAUCCUGCUCCUGGAGCCGAAAAUGACACCCAAACCAUUACCAACGAGCAUGGAACGUUCAUGCGUAAGGUUAUUACUACUCCAAAUGGAAAUCUUUCCUUGUGGUACCUCCCAUGUACCGAGGAGGAGAAGGCUCAUGUGGUCCAGAUGGGAACAAAGUGUCAACCUAACGAGGCUCCACUUUGCCUGUACCAUCCCGGCAACAUUCACGGUGAUAUCUGUACCUGCUGCGAGAAAGACUCGAAUUCAAAGGGAUGCGUUUUGAAGCUAGAUCAUGCUCAGUGGAUGGGAUACAUUGUCCACAAUGUCUAUGUGACUCAAUCUCAUGAAUGGUGGCAGGAGUGGAAGAUCAGAACUGGUCAUCAAGACUUCCUCAGCAAUGAAUGGCUCUUGCACGCCACUCCAGAUGUCUGGUGCAUUCCCAGUGUUAUGAAAGGUGUCGUGCUCAGCUGCAAGACUGGCAUCAACCACUGGGGUGAGAAGGAGUUGAUUCGGAUCAGCGCCGUUGACCUCUUCAAUGGGCGCAUCGUCCUUGACCACUUGGUAUGGCCUAAGCAUCCUAUGCGAAAUCUUGAUACCAAAAACAGCUGCAUUUCCUGGGCCAUGCUGAACAAAGCGCAUGAGGACCGUCGAACCUUAGAUGGCCGCGACUCGGCUCGCGCUCUGCUCUGGGAUUCCUUGCACAAGGACGCCUUUCUCGUCUGCCACCAUGGACAGUCCGAUUUGGUUGCCCUUCGGUUGUCUCAUGAUCGAAUCAUCGACACCAGUGAGCUUGAGACCCGUCUCCCAAACCCGGAUCAGAACCGUACACUCAAGCACCUCGCCAAGAAGCACUUGAACCGCGAUAUCCAGGUGAGUCAAUGGCGCUACGACAGCCUCGAGGAUGCGAUGGCAAUUCGCAAUCUCGUUUUUUGGUACGCCAAAAACUUGCCAACGGAAAGGAUGAUUGGGCCGGCUCGUCCAGUCAUGCAGGAGCCGUUGGAUGACGGGGAUUGGUCGUCAGAGAACGUCGUGAUUCCCCAAACUACACCUGACUGGGAUACUUCUGACUGGGAUUAA